UGCGUGUUCUGGUUAGCCGAAUGCUACCUCAAGCCAGGCUGUGUGUAUGAAGUUGGGUCGUAUUAAGAUUAAAUUGAGUUUAUGGUUCAGAUGUAGUUCUGUGUUUUAUCAUCAUGGCUGAGAAGUUUGAUAAUCUGGAAGAACAUCUGGAGAAAUUUGUCGAAAAUAUUCGCCAGCUGGGAAUCAUCGUCAGCGAUUUCCAACCGAGCAGCCAGACUGGACUCAACCAGAAACUGAAUCUGAUGAUCACAGGACUGCAGGAUAUAGAAAAAUGUCGGCAGCAGCUCAAUGACAUCCACGUUCCUUUGGACGCGUUUGAAUACAUCGAUCAGGGUCACAACCCUCAGCUUUACACAAAAGAAUGCCUGGAGCGAGCUUUGGCUAAAAAUGAACAGGUGAAGGGCAAGAUUGACACCAUGACGAAGUUUAAAAGUCUCCUCAUCACUGAGCUGGGGAAAGUCUUUCCUGAAGAAAUGGCCAAAUAUAAAGCCAUCCACGGAGACGAUCCUCCCUUGUAGUGACGCGUGCCGUUAACAGACUGUACAUAUGUCCAUAUUCAAUAUUCACGUCUUUUAUAAAACUCAAGAUUCAAGAUUUUCAGCUUUCUACAGAUUUUCACUCUUUCUGUUUGUUUGUUUUUUUGCAUUUUUAUAUCUUAUGAAUAUUUGCGGCGCUUCUAAAGGUCCAGGUUUUCUAUCAGUUACAAAAUGGGAUUGAUUUGUGUGUAAUUUAUUAGUAUUUCUUUUUGUCUGUGUUUUAUUGAAUAAAUAAAUCUGUAAAACGUGA